AUGGAUAUUUCAGCUGUCCAUACGUUUAAAGAUACAGGGAAUAAUUCUGAAUUAUCAAAGAUUGAAAAAUUUACUUAUUUGAAAUCGUUAUUAGGAGGAGCUGCGUUAAAUGCAGUAUCUGGGUUCUCACUUUCAGAUGAGAAUUAUGACGCUUGUAUAGGUUUGAUUAAAGAAAGGUUUGGACGCGUAGAUUUAGUUAUUUCUUCCCACAUGAAUAAUCUUCUUAAUUUGGAUCCUGUAAAGUAUUCGUCUAAUGUAAAAGCUUUAAGAACACUUUACGAUUCUCGUGAAAUAAACAUAAGAAGUCUGAACUCAUUGGGGAUUGUUUCAGAAUCGUAUGGGAGUCUAUUAGGACCAAUUAUUUUAAAAUUGUUGCCUGAUGAUAUGAAUUUAGAAUUUAAUAGAAAACGUAAUUCGAAAAAACAGUAUAACGUCACGGAGCUUUUGGAUUUCAUUAGAUUAGAGGUAGAAAGUUUGGAAGCCUCGAAUGUAAUUAUAAAUUCAAAGAAAAGGAAAUCAAAUAGUGAGUUUGCGCAGAAUAAAAAUAAUUACUCUAGAAGUGUCCCCACAACUUCGGCGCUAACCACAAUGACUAAUUCAUACUGCUAUUAUUGUAAUGAAAAUACUCAUGAUGUUAGAAAAUGUGAGAAAACAAAUGAACAAAAAAGGAUGAUUCUAAAGAAUCAAGAGCGUUGUUAUAAAUGUUUUAGAAAAGGGAAAAUUGUUUCAGAUUCUGAAGAUAAAGAAAAUGCGAUUGCAUCUUUGUCGCUGAAUUCAAAAACAAUUUCUGAAACUUCUGAUAAAGGUAUAUAUCUGCAAACUUGUACUGUUCAUGUUUCAGAUAAAAAUAGCUUGUUAAGUCGAAUCACGCGCAUUUUGCUUGAUUCAGGAUCACAAAAAACGUUCAUUAAAUCAGAAUUAGCAAAGGAAUUAAAAUUAAAAUGUAUAAGAAGGGAAAAACUGUACAUAUAUUCUUUUGGAUACAUUAAGGGUAAAUUGAAAGAAUAUGAUGUUGUCGAAGUUAAACUAAAAAGUAUGCAUGAACCUAAUAGUUGUAUAACAAUUGAAGCCCUUGUAACAGAUACAAUUUCUGGAGCGCUUAUAAAAGUACCCUCGAGAAGUAUUUUAGAAAUGUUGAAAACGGAAAAUUUACAAUUAGCCGAUAAUGGCGAGUCCUCUGAAAUAGAAUUAUUGCUGGGUUCUGAUUCGUGUUGGGAAGUACAAACAGGGCAAAAGAAACGAAUUAGUAAAAGGUUAUUUGCAGUUUCUUCAUUGUUUGGGUGGUCGUUAGUUGGAGCAUUCGGGGAAAAUCAAUCUAGUGCUUCUAUGUUUACAAUUGGUGCUACGCAAUGUGAUAGCGAGGAUCAUAGCUCAAUUAAUGAUAGUUUGAGAAAAUUUUGGGCUUUAGAUCAUAUGGGUUUGGAGGAAAAAGAUGAUAAAACGAUGAAUUGGUCAUAA